AUGUCUCCAGCGGCGCCUCCUCCAACACACUCCUCUUGCGCGACGCAGCCGGUCUCGGCCGUCACUUCUGUCCCUGCCGAAACUUCCGGGUUUCCACAUCCACGUGCAGGCGGUGGUUCGCAACAGGAAACUUGCCGCGCGCGGAGGCUCCUGCGCGCCUCGCCUCGACCCCUCAAUCAGAGUCCCGGGCACUUCGGCUCAGAAACCCCGCGCGGGAGCCUGGAUGAACUGGAGGCGAUCCACAGCACCAGCUCUAGCGGCGAUGGCUCGUCGCUUCUCGACAGCAGUCGGCGGUCCUCGAGUCUCGUCGACUCCCGCGACUCGGAUCUCGGAGAUGACGGCUUCUUCAAGUUAGGCGAAGAUCUCGGGCGAGAGCCGGGUUCAGGAUCGUUCGACACCGCGUCGAGGGAUGCGCUGACAACGCCCAGAACGGCCUCCCAGCUCCGCCCACUCGGCGUCGCUUCCCCGCAGCCCUCUCUCCCGAUCGACGGUUGCCGCGACGGCGACGGCGAGACGGAACCGCGGCGUGUCAGGGAAGAGCGCAGAAGUGGGAGGGACUCUGUGGGGGUGCUGGAGGUCCGUCGAGACUCUGGACGGCAAGAGACGUCGCGCGACCAGGAGGCAGGAGACGACGGGCAUGCACGCAACGAGGAAUGUCGCAGGCCAGGCGCAGAUGCUGGCGGCGGUCGGUCUGACGCGGAGGGAACGAGGGGCGUCGGAUCGCCUGCGGGUGAUUCCCAGAAGCGUCGCGAAACGGGACUUCGAGGAGUGCACCCUGCGGUUCCUGCUCGCCCGCCUCCCUCCGUUGAGUCUGCAGGCGAGGAUCUCAACCCUCGCGAGGCCAACAGCGCAACUUCGCGGCCUUUCCAGUCUGCCGUUGCGACUGCGCGUCAAUCUCAGAUCUGCGCCUCGAGGUCGCGUGACGCCGGCGCGUGGUCUGCAGAAAGGCUUGGCAGCGAGGACAGUGCGCGCGCCGGGCCACGGCCAGGAGAGGAAGACGCCGAGCGCACAGACGGCGAAGGGAGAAGGCAAACGCCAGUCAGAGAGGCUAGCCGACUGGCGUGGGCAGAAGGCGACUACGUCGAAGACGAGGCGUUCGAGUCGCCGCAAGAGGACCUAGAGAGCGGUUCGAGAGGCGGCCGCGCCGAGGGCACUCCAGAGGCUUCGAGCAGCAGGGACAGCCGACAGUCCAGUGACAUGGAAACUCCCAUGGGUUUUCCGGCGGCUCGGAUUCGUGGCGAUUCGGAGAACUCGAAAGCGGGCUUGGCCAGUUCGCUGCUCAGCAGCAAGGCGCGUCUCGGAUCUCCGACAGGACGCGAGGUCGCCGGGACCAGCACUGCGACGCGUGAAACAGGCAAGGCCCCUGGCUUCGCACCACAAACCGCGGGGGGGUCGGAAGAGCCGGCAAGUCCCCAGAUCCCCGACGCUCACAGCGUCCCUCCGCCGGCUGAAGCGUCGUUCGCUCCAGAAGCCGCGGCCACGCAUUGGCGCAGAGCCCGCGGCAGAGACGCGGCGAGCGUCCAGGGCGUGGAUACGCCUCAGCACGGAAGGUUCCGUGGAUCGUCCCUGGGCGGCGAGCGCGCGGCGGCUCCGGGCGGGGACUACCCCCUGCGCACCGAAUCGCAGCGUGGGUGGAGGCAGGGACGACAUCCGACGGGAAACGGCGAAACCGAGCCUUGCGUGUCGGAUGCGGAGACAGCGUCUGUGUCAGAUCGGAGCGUGCGAGAUGGGGACGAGGAAGGGGAGCUCGAGUGGAUACCCCCCGUCGAUCCGAGCUGGAGCGUGGAGAAUCACCUCUUUCAACUGCGCGACUUCAAAGUGCACAUUUCUCUGGCGAAUGUUGGCGGCGCGGCGCGGCUUCGCGUGAGCCGGUUCAAGGUCGACGGCUACCAGCGCUUCGACACGGUCAUCAGCUUUCUCAAGAAAGCGUUGAAACGAGACCACCUUUUUGUUUACAUCAACAACUUCGUCCAGCCGCAGCCAGAUGAAUUCGUCGCAGACCUUUUCAAGGCAUUUGGAGUGGGCGGCAACCUCCUGGUUUCGUACUGCUACACGCCAGCCUACUGA